AGCAAGACAGAGAGGGAGCACAGUGGGUCAGUGUAAGGGAACAGCAAUACUGUUGUGGAACUACAAGCCUCUUCAGUGACACUCCACUGCGCUCGAACGCGGAAGUGAGCAGAGGCGUAUUCUCUCGUCUCGUCCGGCCUCUCGUCUGACUGUUCCUAACAACAACAGCAGCAUCAGACCAGAGAGACUUAAAAGAUGGAAGAAUUUGAAGAAGGCGACGGUCCUGUUGGAGAUCUGGUUCAGUGUUGCACCUGCAAACGACGGUUCUUUCCAAAAGUUCUGGAGAAACAUUCAAAAAUCUGCAAAAAGUCUGCAGCGAAAAAGAGGAAAGUGUUUGAUUCCAGUAAACAAAGAGCAGAGGGCACCGACAUUCCUGUACUUAAACCACUCAAACCAAUGUUUCAAGGUUCGUCUCCUGCAGGGAAACCAGAACCACCCAGUAAGCCUUCGAACUGGCGGAGGAAACAUGAGGACUUCAUCGCCACCAUCAGGGCAGCCAAGGCUCUCAGUCAGGCUGAGAAAGAGGGGAAACCGUUGCCCCCACCGCCUCCUCCCACUCAUGACCCAGACUACACCCAGUGUCCUUACUGCCAGAGGAGGUUCAACAAAAAUGCAGCGGAGAGGCAUAUUAACUUUUGUAAAGAGCAGGCUGCUCGUAUGCCCAACAAAGGAAAACCUGGGGAUGUAAGGAAACCGACGAAUCAGUACAAGCCUCCUGCAACUGCUAGAAAGAGCAGCACUCCUCCUGUGUCAGCAGUUUCAUCAGCCUCAUCUCGCCUUCCUCAAAGGUCCGGCUAUGGGCAGUCCACCGGAAUCCCAUCUGGCAAGGUUUCCUCUGCUGGGUCAUAUAGAAACAGUCCGUCUGGAGUUACAAGUCCUCCAUCAGGUGGAGGAAACAAGACGCGCAUAGCAAGCUCUGGCUAUGGAGCCCAGAGGAACAGUCCUGGAGGAACCGGAAUGAACAAGAAGAACAGGAUGGACAGUGAUGAAAUCCAGGUGGACAACGGCGGAGUGAAAGGCAAGUUCUGCCACUCAUGCGGGAGCAAGUAUCCUGUGGAAUCAGCCAAGUUCUGCUGCGAGUGUGGAGUCCGGCGGAUGUUGAUCUGAUGUGAGAACCGGCUGGAAGAGGAAGGGAGUGAAUGUUUCAUGUCAUGUAUUCCUGGGCGCUUUGCAACAUACCAGUGCCACUUGACUGUAAUACACUAUUACAUUGAUAACUCCCUUUUUUGGCAGUUAAAGGGUCACUCUAGCAUAAUGCUGUGGAUUAAAGCCUCUUUCUCACCAGUAGAUAAACUAUGUGGUGAACCAACUUGUCACCUAGCAGAAAAGUCCCAUGACGUGCUUUCCACCUUCCGUAGGUUGAAGUUGAAUAUAUGUAGCAAAUGCCCACUGAAGAUUCCCAAUCCCAAUUUCUAGAAUCUUAUUGGCUAAUAUUUGCUGAGUAUUUGUGAGGAAACUCAGUGAAGAAAAUCCAUUCAAGAAUUUAGUUUUUUUUUUCCCCAUGUCUCUUUUAACCCCUCAUGCUCUGUGGAAUUCAGCAUUUUUUCUCAGCAUCAGCCUUAUAGCCAACAAGUCACAAUGGAAACCAGAGGAUCUCUUGACAUCCAGGUAGUUGUCCAAUUGCCACCUCCUAAUUCAUUUGGCGCUCCUUAACUCAGGGGCAACAUGCGCAGUGCAGCUUUGUAACACUUCCAAGGCGUUCACAUUUUGUCAUUCAGAGCUGGUUCUGUGGGAGAAAAGAUGGAACUGGAAACCUUGACAUUCCACACACCUUUGCAUUCCUCAGUCAUGUGUGACUGAUAAGAAAGUGGUAACAUCAACUUGUUUUUCUGUGGCAGAUCGGUCGUGUUAUUUCUUGAAUGCUGCCUCUCUGCCACCCGUAUCGUCCCAUGCAGGUCGUGUUAGUAUUUAUUCUACCUCUUGAAAUCUGUUUUACUGAGGGAUGAAGUACAUUUAUGCUUACAGUUACAAAUACUUUGAAUCUGUUGAGUCAGCAAUAAGUUCUAGAUGAUGUAAAGCCAGUAGAUGUCCGGGGGAAGGCGUGUUACAUUACAACUCACAAAGUAUUUCCUUCCUCUUCUAAUGCUGAGUUUGUGCAAUACGAUUUAUUACUGAGAAAGUGUCAUUGAUAAAUACAUAUUUCGAAAGACAAAAGUGCUGAUCUGAAAACUUUCAAAAGUUGAUUUAUGCAAGCCCCCCUAUUGUUCCUAUUUGUGUUUUUUAUGCUGAGAAUAUUUUUUAAGCAGAUGCUGUGCACUGAAUAUAGUUUAGUGUAGUUUUUUUUUUUUCUCACCCAUUUUGGAAUCAGUUGAAGAGACGUGAUGUUGGCUUAGAAUGCGCAUCAUAUACCCAUUUUUGUUUGAAAAACUCAAUUUUUUUUUCUUCAAUGUAUUACACUGCUGCAGUAUCUGGUGUAAUUUUAAUUCCUUUUAGCAAGAUCUUUAGUGCAACGCUUCACUGUGAUAGUCACUGAUCUGCACCAUCACAUUAUUAUUUAUUCAGCAUGAUCUUUGCAGAAGGGUUUACGUGAUUCAGGCUUCAAACCAAGCUCAGCAGAGAUUGUUCAGAGUAGAUGUGUUCACGCAUUGAUGUUGAUGUCCUUGCUCUGUAAAACCACCAAAAUAAACCCAUGAAACCACAAGCACUUUCAUUGUUUAAUUUUUGUUCGUUUGAGCAAUAGGAGUAAGCUGGAGAUGUGGUGGGGGUGCAACUGGACUCCUUGGAGACGGUUAUGGAGAGAUGGAUGCUGCUGAUACUAAGGAGCAUCUGGACAACAUCAGCCACCCCCUCCAUCAGCUCCUGGUCCAAUACAGAAGCACAUGGACCAACAGACUGAGACUACCCAACUCAAAGCCUGAGCGCCACAGGAGGUCCUUUCUCCCUGUGGCAAUAAAAACGUACAAUUCAUCCCUGAAAAAUAUACAGUGAAGGAUUCUUUGGCAUGAUGUUCUGUUCAUUCUGUUCUUGUAUCUGCAUUUUCUUGCACAUUGUUUAUAAGAUCUUUUGUAUUAUUGUAGCUUUUUGCACCUUAUACUAUUAUUUCCUUUCCAUUUUAUAGUUAUAUGUUGUGUACAGCGCAUGUUACGAACAGAAUU